ACUAGUAAAAUUUAACCAUUUUAAUUAUCUAUUCUAAUAUUCAAGCCUCACAAUUUAUAAUAUCAUUGUAUCGUAGCGGAUGAUCCCUUCAAUGCCUUCACCUCUUCCUCUUGAACCAGUUGCUCUCAACUAUGGUUGUGAUGCAAAUCAUGAUAUCCCUUUUGCUACAAUUACUAGACCCUCUAAGGAAUUGUAGAGGAAAGAUGAGGAGAUUGGCCAUGGAAGUUGAAUUUAACUAGCAGUAAGAGGUAUGUUAAGGAGAUUGAAUUGAGACAUGUAGACUUUUACGAUUUUCACUCAAUGUUUUCUUUGGGACAUUCAGCACAGGAAGUGAAGCAAAAUAGAGGCAUUAGCAAGAGAUUGGCCGCCAUUUGCCUCAGUUGUUCGCAAUGAUAUAUUGAUUUAUCUAGAAAAGUUGAUGUACAUUGCCUUUUCAUCAUUCUUAGGAUUGGUUCUGUGCUUUUUUUGGAAUGUCACAGCUACUACUGCAGCAUACAUCAAAGGGGAAGGAUGGAAGCCAGGCAGUAAUGAGACUGCUUUGGUGAAUACCUAUCCAAUCCAAUCCAAGAAGCAUCAUACUAGGGAAUUGGAUAUAGUCUUGCCAUUAUGGAGAUAGUUUGCAACAUCUUACAAGAACUAAAGAUCAACCACCACAGUUUUGAACAUUACACAAUUGUCAGAAGAUUAGAAAGAUGCUCGUAUCUGUUUAUGGUGAAUGGAAGGGCAAAUUUUUGACAGGGAACAGAGAUUUUAUCUUGAAAAUUUUGUUGAUCGUGUUCACUGGUGCUUACUUACCGGGACUAAAUGAUACAUGGAAUG